ACGCAGCGCUUCGCAGAGGGGCACUGCGCUGAUCUCGCUCUCAUCUUCUGUGGAUACUACACCAAACCGUGGGAUACUCUUGCUUUACUCUUUGAAUUCCUUCUACCACACCCCAUCCUCCCUCCCCCUUCCCUCAUCCUUUUCUUCAGUCAACUUUUCUACUCGAUUCCAUCCCACCGAUCCUCAUCCAUCCACCCUCCAGGACCGGGCUCGCUCGCACCACAUGGGGCGCCCGGUGUCGCUCGGAAAAUGCUCCGCAGUCGGUGUGUAGUCGCCCAACGGAACCUCCCGGGACCGGAGUUGUCAGUGCGUCCAUCCCGGCUCCUCUGAGUUUUGUCGGUGGAAGUGAGAUAUGGGUGUUUCGGCGGCGGCGCAGGCACCGCGCUUGGAGCCCCGGCGCCUGCGCCGGUGGAGCGGGGCGGCGGGAAGCUGGCUCCGGAUUACUCUGCUCGCCUUCCUCGCCACUUUACCUGUGGAGCAGCUGCGCGCCUUCCCUUCCUCCCUCAGCGACUGUCAGACGCCCACAGGCUGGAACUGCUCCGCAGAUUUCGACGACAGAGACAACGACAUGUUCCUGUGUGAUACCAACACGUGCAAAUUCGAUGGGGAGUGCUUACGGAUCGGGAACAUUGUGAUGUGCAUUUGCGACUUCAAGUGCAACAAUGACUAUGCCCCAGUUUGCGGCUCCAACAAUCAAAACUACCAGAACGAGUGCUUCCUGCGCAGAGACGCCUGCAAGCAGCAAUCGGAAGUCCUCAUCACGUCUGAGGGAGCUUGUCCUGUUGAUGCCGGAUCAGGAUCAGGAGAUGAUGGAGGAGAGGGCUCGGCUGAGACGGGCCAGAAGGAGACGUCCACCUGCGACAUCUGCCAGUUCGGAGCGGAGUGUGACGUUGAUGCGGAGGAUGUUUGGUGCGUGUGCAACAUCGACUGCUCCCACAUCAGCUUCAACCCGGUGUGUGCCUCGGACGGUCGUUCCUAUGACAACCCCUGCCAGGUGAAGGAGGCGUCCUGUCAGAAGCAGGAGCGCAUCGAGGUCAAGUACCUGGGCCACUGCCAAGAUGCCAUUAUGACUGGGAACAAAGGGGGAGAUGGACACUUUGCACAGACUGACGCCACAGAGGACAAGGAGAAAGUGAGUAACGGUCUGGCCCAUGGCCUGUACAUCCCAUGUCCGGACCACUUUAAGAACUACUGUGUCCACGGAGACUGCCAGUACCCCAGCGCCCCAGCCCAGCCCUCCUGCAGCUGUCACUCAGGGUUCAGCGGCCCCCAGUGUGACACUAAGGAGUACAACGUGCUCUACGUGGUGCCGGGCUCGGGCAAACUGCACUAUGUUCUCAUCGCCUCUAUCAUCGGAGCGCUGCAGGUGGUCAUCAUCUGUGUGGUGGUGCUCUGCAUUACCAGGAAGUGCCCACGGACCAACAGAAUCAACCGACAGAAACAGAACAACGUCCACUUCAGUACAGAGAACACAAUGCGAGCCUCCACUCGACUAAUCUGAGCCAGACCACUUCAUGGAGUGCUGUGGCGGGAACCGCUCCCCUCAUAUCGAACCACCACAAAGACUCGGAUCUGCUUCUCUUCACCGCCGGUUCUGUCUCCCAGUAUGAACUUCCACACUGGCGAGGACGGUUCAGAAAGCCAGAGCUGGCACUGGCCCUCAGUUUUUGGAGAACUCUUUGGACUCAUGGGGAGGGGGCGCUUGGGCUCCUUUGGAACACUGAAUGUGCGUGUGAGUGUGUGCUAGACGUGUGAGCUUUUUGGUAGAGACGGGCUAGCCGGUGUCUGUCAGUCCUAGACAAGGGUCCGAAACAACCUGGGGAUAGUGCAAACAGGGUUCUGGGCUUUAACUGGUUUGUGUUGUUGGGAGUGGGUGGGCGGCGUAGGUGGGC